CACCAGGAGACUCAGAGCCGGCCAGACAACCUGUUUUUGGCAUGGUCAGACAUGGUAAUCUUAAGCUUGAACGUUUAACACCUUGAUGGGAAAGGUGCCCCAUGGAAUGUUCUCUCAUCUUCUGAACACUGCUUAUACCAGAAGCUCUGCUUCUGCCGCUACCAAACAUGUCACGUAGCACUCUGAGUAGGAAAGAGAAAGAAAAAGUAAUUCGCAGACUAUUGAUACAGGCUCCUCCAGGGGAAUUUGUAAACGCCUUUGAUGAUCUCUGUCUGCUUAUCCGUGAUGAAAAACUCAUGCACCAUCAAGGGGAGUGUGCAGGCCAUCAACACUGCCAAAAAUAUUCUGUCCCACUCAGCAUUGAUGGGAAUGCUGUCCUCCUGUCUCACCACAAUGUCGUGGGCGACUACAGGUUUUUCGACUACCAGAGCAAACUUUCUUUCAAAUUUGACCUGCUUCAAAACCAGUUAAAGGACAUCCAGAGUCAUGGAAUCAUUCGGAAUGAGACGGAGUACCUGAGGACUGUAGUUCUGUGUGCCUUGAAGCUGUAUGUGAACGACCACUACCCAAAGGGCAACUGCAAUGUGCUGAGAAAAACAGUGAAAAGUAAGGAGUUCUUGAUCGCCUGUAUUGAAGACCACAGCUAUGAAACAGCAAACUACUGGAAUGGCCUUUGGAAAUCAAAAUGGAUUUUCCAGGUCAAUCCAUUCCUAACCCAGGUAACAGGGAGAAUUUUUGUGCAAGCUCACUACUUCAGGUGUGUCAACCUACAUGUCGAAAUCUCCAAGGACCUGAAAGAAAGCUUGGAGGUGGUGAACCAAGCUCAACUGGCUCUAAGUUUCGCAAGGCUUGUGGAAGAGCAAGAGAAUAAAUUUCAAACUGCACUGUUGGAAGAACUACAGGAGUUAUCGAAUGAAGCUCUGAGAAGAAUUCUACGAAGAGAUCUUCCAGUGACCCGUACUCAUAUUGACUGGCAGAGGAUACUCUCUGACUUGAAUCUGGUGAUGUAUCCUAAACUAGGGUAUGUCAUUUAUUCAAGAAGUGUGCUCUGCAACUGGAUAAUAUAAAGGAUUGCUCCUGGUAACU